AUGAGCCAGGCAGCCGGCAGCGGCGCGCAGGCCCUCUUGCCCUACGCUGAGCAGCGGAGGACGUCCGGCGGCAGUCAGUGGCUGGUGGUGGCAGGCGCUGGGCGUCUGCAGCUGAAUAUGGAUUCUUCCAAUAUUAAAUCAUACAUUGUUGAAAAUGUAGACGUCCGACUUUUAAAGAGAUCAAAAUGUUCAGAACUGAUGGAUUCUAAGUUAGACAAAGAUGUGAAUGCCCCAUAUCCUCCAUCACCAUCCAUCCAGAUGGAUUACAUGGAUAUAUCCUUCAAUAGUCAGUGA